AACCGUGCCAGUAAGCCGGGUUAGUGUGUCUGUACGCUGUUCCAUGUGUGUACAAUUUACAUAAUGAAUAACAAUGUUUUCUAUUCUUACGGAUGUAUAAACUCAAAAACCGAAAAAUCAAUCUAUAAAACGAAGUAUCAAGUUUUUGUAGAAAUAAUGAAUGAGAAUUGAUUUUUUCAAAACUAAUUUAAAAGGAUACAUUUUAUUCAUAAAUAGUUUUAUUCUAUUGUGAAAAUAUAAACCGUUAUAUGCCUUUUAUUGGUUUGUUAUAAUUUUUCAAAUGGCGUUAACUUUUGGCGAUAAUAUACAUACUAAAACUUUUACUCCUCAAGAAUAUCUUAUUGAAAUUCUAAAUUCGGCUAAAAAAAAAAAUGUGAUUAUUUCAUUAAAAGGAGUAACAAAUAAAGUAUUUGUUAUUUCAAAACUUAUACAAGAACUUGCUUUUACUAUUUGUAGAAAAUCUGAAAGAAGAAAAUGGACAUUACUGGUUCUAGAAGAAACAGAAAUCGAUCGAUUUAUGUUUUGUAUCAAGCAUUUAACAGAUUUAAACCCGUUGAUGAUAAUCAAUAAGUCAUUUAAACAUUUAGAUUUUAAUAAAUAUGAGGUUAUUGUUACUACUGAAAAUAUGUGUUUGAAAAUGUUUGAAAACAAAUACUUAAACAUGGAUAAAAUUAACUUAGCCAUAUUUAAUAACUGCCAUAAAAUAAUUAAUAAGAAUAAUACUUAUUAUAAGAUUUGUGAUUUUAUCAAGCCAGAUAGUAGUUGUAAAAUAGUAGGUAUUGUUCAUCCAUUAUUUGAAACUGAUUCUGAUCCUUUUUUCAUUGAAAGUCAAUUAAAAUUUAUAGCAAACAAAUUAUUUGCUACAAUUGAAACUGCUAGUGAUGUUGUUUCAUUAUUACGCCACUGUUGUAAGCCCAAAGAGAUUCUUAUUGAAUGUGCACUUCGAACAGAUAAUAGUACUGAUAUUAGAAUAAAAUUAUUAGUGGAUAGUUUAACCAAUUUUUUAAAUAAUCAUAAAUAUGAGCCUGCUUCUAUAUAUGGCGAUGAUGAAGAAUUCGGUGAAGAAUUAAAACAAAUACCAAAUCCUAAAAAUGAACCUUUACAAGUCAUAGCUGAUUUCUUGGAGGUGUUAAAAACAAUGGGUGUAUAUUGUGCAGAUAAAGCUGCUUUGACACUUCUAUACACGGUGGAAAAAUUGAAAGUUAAAAUACCGUAUGAAAGACAUUAUGUUUUGCUUUGCAUUGUUUCUACACUACUGAUUCAAAUAAGAGCUAUGUUUGAUGACAUUUUUUAUAAUUAUAGUAAUGAAGAUAGAAUUUUAAAAUUUAGCACUCCUCGUGUAUUACGGUUGAUUAGUACCCUUAAGCAAUUUAAACCAAAAUCUUUUAAAGUAGAUAAUAAUACUGAGGUAUACAGUAAUCCAAAAGAAAAAAAAGAUGGACAUUAUAAACCUAAAUCAGUGAGACGUAAUUGGAAAUUAGCUAGAAGAUAUGGAACUCAUAGAAAACAGGGACGUUCUAGGGAACCAUAUGAAGAAAAUGUAUGUGCCAUAAUCCUUGUAAACAAUAAAAUUACGGCAUCUAUUUUAUUCUAUUUGUUUUUAGAUUUAAAAAACAAUAAUAGAGAAGACUUUGGUUGGAUCCAACCUCAAUAUACAGUAGAUAAAGAAGCAGACCCAAUUACUGAAUCAAAAGAAUUUGAGAUAGAACAUAGAAAACAGGAAGAAACUCUUAGGAGGUUUAGACAAAGAGAAUGUAAUGUUCUUAUUGGUACAAAAGUAUUAGAAGAAGGAAUUGAUUUACCGCGCUGUAAUUUAGUAAUUAGCUAUAAUAUACCAUUAUCAUAUAAAUCAUAUCUUAGGUCUAAAAGUAGAGCAAAAACAUUAGAUGCAUAUUAUAUUAAAAUAUUUGAUGAAGAAGCUACUACUGAUGUUUUAAAUUGUUUAAAACUAUAUAAGGACAUUAAUAAUAUGUUAUUAAAUCAUUGUGCUUUAAAAGAUAUUGAUAUUGAAAAAGAAAGUUAUGCAGAUAGAUAUAAUUGGUGUGUUGCACCCUUCAAACCAGGUAAAAAUGAAGAUGGAGCAUUUGUAGAUAUGGCAACAGCUAUUGGUCUUGUGAACAGGUACUGUGCAAAAUUACCCAGUGAUACUUUUACAAAACUAUCUCCAAUUUGGGAAUUACAAUCAGUGGUAUAUGAAAAUCAAUCCAUGUUUGUCUGUAGUAUUCGACUUCCAAUAAAUUCACCUAUUAAACAUGAUAUACAUGGUCAUCCAAUGCCAAGUAAGAUUCUAGCAAAAAGAAUAGCUGCUCUUGAAGUUUGUCGACAACUUCAUUCUCAAGGAGAGCUAGAUGAUACUCUUCAACCUAUCACAAAGGAAUCAUUUCAUGCUUUAUUUAAUGCUGACGAAGUACCUCCGGACGCUGAAGAUGCUUUAAUACCUUGGGAUACUGAAGAUCCUAGACCAGGGACAAAUAAGCGUCGCCAAUAUUAUUAUAAAAGAAUAGCUGAGGCGCUAAACGAUUGUAGGCCAGUUGAAGGCAAACCUUGUCAUUUGUAUGCUAUAUUAUUAAAUAUGAAUUGUCCUGUACCAGAAGAACAAAAUACUAGAGGUCGAAGAAUUCAUCCCCCUGAAGAUUCUAUUCAUGGAUUUGGUAUCCUUACUACAAAACACAUUCCUAGUAUUCCACCAUUUCCUAUUUACACUCGAUGUGGUGAAGUAUAUGUAAGUCUUAAACCAAUUAAAACAAACUUAUUCCUUACUCAACAGCAAUUGGAUAAUAUAGCAACAUUUUUAAACUAUACAUUCACGAAUGUACUACGAUUGCAAAAAUGUCAUGUGGCAUUUGAUCCAACAACUACUCACAAUUGUUAUUAUAUUGCUCCUACUCGUAGAGAUGGUAAUGGAUCAAUAGAUAUUGAUUGGAAUUUUCUAGAUAAGAUGCACAUAAAUAAAGAUAAGAAAUUAUGUAUUAUAUCUAAUGAAGAUAGACAAAAUUUCAAUCCUGAUAUUGAAGUCUUAAAAGAUGCUGUAGUUACACCAUGGUAUAGAAAUCAAGAACAACCUCAGUAUUUUUAUGUAGCAGAGAUAUGUACCCAUCUUAACCCUAAAGCGCCUUUUCCUGGUUCAAUAGAAAAUUAUAAGACAUUUGAAGACUACUAUUAUCUUAAGUACAAUUUACAAAUCCAAAAUCUAGAACAACCUCUUUUAGAUGUAGAUCAUACUUCAGCAAGAUUAAAUUUUCUUACACCAAGGUAUAUGAAUCGUAAAGGUGUAAUUUUACCUACAAGUAGUGAUGCAACUAAAAAAGCUAAACGCGAUAAUUUAAGUCAAAAACAAAUUCUUGUUCCAGAACUAUGUAAUAUACAUUUAUUUCCAGCAUCAAUGUGGCGUAAAGCUGUUUCUUUACCAUGUAUAUUAUAUCGCAUAAAUGCUUUGUUGUUAGCUGAUGAGAUACGUACAAUUGUUGCUAAAGAUAUAUCCUUAGGAUCGCUUGAUUUAAGUUAUGAUCAUAACUGGGAGCCAUUAGAUUUUGGAUGGACGAUGAAAGAAGUAUUGAAAAAAAAAAAAGAAAAUAAUGUAGUACAAACUAUUCAACCAGUUGAAGUAGUCAAAGAAACUAUAAAUGAGGAAAUAGAAGACACUGUUGUUAAAUCAGACGAUCCUAAUUGGAUGGACAUUGGCACAUGGUCUAAUGAUAUGGCUGACUUUGCAAUAAAAAAUGAUAGUAUAAGUAAAGUGAGGUAUACAUCUCCAACUAGUUGGAUGGUGCAAAGUGACAAUGAAUCAAGUACAUUUAGUGAUAUUGAUUCAGAAGAUGCAUAUCAAGAGGAUGAUUUACAUUCAAAUGGUUUACGCAUAGAGUUCAGAAAUACCUAUUUAGCUGAAGCCAUAGAGCAAAAUGAAUCAAAACCAAAUAAACUAUCUCUUUUUAAAAAUAAUGAUGAUUGUUCAUGGGAUUGGAAUGAUAGUUGUGGUACUAAAAUGAAAUAUAAUUGUAGUCAAAUUAAAGAAAAAUUAACAAAUUUAUUUUACAAAAAAGAUGAAGAAAUUGUUAUUAAUCGAGCAUUAAAAAAUAAUACUGACAUUGAUGAUGCAUUUUUAUUAAAAUUACCAUGGAUGUUAAAUUCAGAUACUGGUUAUGGACUUUUAGACAUCAAUAUAUUAUCAAAUAAUGUUUUAGUGGAGUCAAUGAAUGAAAAAUGUACGAAAAAUGAAAUAAAUAUAAACCAUACAGAUAGUGAUAAUAUUGUUACAAAUAACAUAAAGGGAGUUCAUGAGGAAAAUGAAGUAUUUAGUUUUGAUUUUCAACCGGAUUUAAAUAACCAUCCUGGACCAAGUCCUAGUGUUUUACUGCAAGCAUUAACAAUGUCUAAUGCAAAUGAUGGUAUCAAUUUGGAACGUUUGGAAACUAUUGGAGAUUCUUUUUUAAAAUAUGCCAUUACUGCUUACUUAUACUGCACCCAUGAUAACGUACAUGAAGGGAAAUUAAGCCAUUUAAGAUCUAAACAAGUCAGUAAUUUGAAUUUAUAUCGUUUGGGUAAAUUAAAAAUGUUUGGUGAACGUAUGAUUUCCACAAAAUUUGAACCCCAUGACAAUUGGUUACCACCCUGUUAUUUUGUACCCCACAAGUUAGAAAAAGCUCUUAUUGAUGCCAGUAUACCAACCACAUUGUGGAAUAUGAUCACUCUUCCUACAUUUAAAGAUCCUACAGAUAAAGAAAUCGAAGAAGCUAUUCAACAAUUCAAAAUUGGUUUCUCAAAUGAUAACCUAGAAAACGCUCCUCUAUUUGUGCCUUACAAUCUUGUUACUCAACAUAGCAUUCCUGAUAAAAGUAUUGCAGACUGUGUGGAAGCAUUGAUUGGUGCAUAUUUGAUAUCUUGUGGUGCUCGUGGAGCAUUGUUGUUCAUGUCUUGGUUAGGAAUACGAGUAUUACCAGUGCUUGAAGAUUCCAAAUUAGGAAAUCUAAAACCACCAUCUUCUCCUCUUUUGAGAAAUAUACCUAAUCCUGAAGGUGAAUUAAUAAAAUUAAUGGAUGGAUUUGAUUCUUUUGAACAACACUUGGGAUAUUUUUUUCGGGAUCGCAGUUAUUUAUUACAAGCAAUGACUCAUGCUUCUUAUUAUCCUAAUCGUUUAACUGAUUGUUAUCAGCGAUUAGAAUUUCUGGGUGAUGCGGUUUUAGACUAUUUAAUUACAAGACACCUGUAUGAAGACAAAAGACAACAUUCUCCUGGUGCAUUAACAGAUCUCCGUUCAGCACUUGUAAAUAAUACAAUAUUUGCAUCGUUAGCUGUUAGAAAUGGUUUUCAUAAGUAUUUCAAACAUCUGUCCCCUGGUUUAUCUGAAGUGGUUUGUAGAUUUGUAACAAUUCAAGAAGAAAAUGGUCAUACUAUUGAUGAGGAGUUUUAUUUUAUGGGAGAAGAUGAGUGUGAACAAGCAGAAGAUGUUGAGGUCCCAAAAGCACUUGGUGAUGUUUUUGAAUCAGUUGCUGGAGCAAUAUAUUUGGAUAGUAACAUGUCAUUAGAUACAGUGUGGAAAGUUUAUCAUAAAAUAAUGGAAAAUGAAAUGGAACAAUUUAGUAAAAAUGUUCCAAAAUCUCCAAUCAGAGAACUUCUUGAAUUAGAACCAGAAACAGCAAAGUUUAGUAAGCCUGAAAAACUUGCAGAUGGUAGACGAGUUCGGGUUGUGGUUGAAAUUUUUGGCAAAGGUGAAUUUAAAGGUAUAGGUCGUAAUUAUAGAAUUGCUAAGUGCACAGCUGCCAAAUGUGCUUUAAAGCACCUAAAAAAUGUAAAAAAGUAAAAAUAAAUAACAAAUUAUUUGAUUAUCAUCUAUAUUAAGUAGUAUAU